GCACGAAGCAGUCAGCAGUAGAGUACAAAUCCUCGCCUGCAUCCUGGUUUUCGUCCCCAUUCUCUCCCCGCCACUCCAGCGGAACGGCGGCGGGGGAGUGAGUGACGGCAACGAGGCAAGAUGGCGAGGAGGAGGCCGAUGGACUACGAGGAGCUGAACGAGAAAGUCAAGAAGGCGCAGUACGCGGUGCGCGGGGAGCUGUACCUCCGCGCCUCCCAGCUCCAGAAGGAGGGCAAGAAGAUCAUCUUCACCAACGUCGGCAACCCGCACGCCCUCGGCCAGAAGCCGCUCACCUUCCCGCGCCAGGUGGUGGCGCUGUGCCAGGCUCCGUUCCUCCUCGAUGACCCCAAUGUCGGCCUCAUGUUCCCGCCCGAUGCCAUCGUGCGGGCCAAGCGCUAUCUCGCCAUGGCGCCGGGAGGUCUAGGUGCGUACAGUGAUGCCCGUGGUAUCCCCGGAAUCAGGAAGGAAGUUGCUGACUUCAUCCACAAGCGUGAUGGAUAUCCGAGUGACCCAGAACUCAUUUACCUGACAGACGGCGCCAGCAAAGGUGUGAUGCAAAUGCUGAAUGCCAUCAUUAGAAACGAGAGGGAUGGGAUCUUGGUUCCUGUUCCUCAGUACCCACUUUAUUCUGCUAUCAUUUCCCUCUUUGGUGGGUCUCUGGUCCCAUACUACUUGGAAGAAGAGGCUAACUGGAACCUUGACUUUGCAAACAUCCGACAAGCAGUGGCCGAGGCACGUUCGAAGGGAAUCACUGUUCGAGCGACGGUGAUUAUAAAUCCAGGAAAUCCCACUGGCCAGUGCCUUAGUGAAGCAAAUAUAAGGGAACUUGUGCGAUAUUGCUACCAUGAAAACUUAGUUCUGCUUGCAGACGAAGUGUAUCAGCAGAACGUUUAUCAAGAUGAGCGCCCAUUUAUAAGCGCAAGAAAGGUUAUGUUCGACAUGGGUCCGCCAAUAAGCAGGGAGGUUCAGCUUGUUUCUUUCCACACUGUGUCCAAAGGGUACUGGGGAGAGUGUGGACAACGUGGUGGAUACUUCGAAAUGACAAAUCUUCCUCCAAAGACAGUAGAUGAGAUCUACAAGGUUGCAUCAAUAGUACUGAGUCCGAAUGUUCCCGGGCAAAUCUUUAUGGGAGUGAUGGUUAACCCUCCUAAACCUGGAGAUAUCUCAUACCCGAAGUUCACUGCCGAAAGCAAGUCCAUCCUCGAAUCUUUGAGGAGGAGAGCGCGCAUGAUGACAGACGGUUUCAACAGCUGCCGAAACGUGGUGUGCAAUUUCACAGAAGGAGCUAUGUACUCUUUCCCCCAAAUACAGCUGCCAGCAAGAGCCAUCGAGGCGGCAAAGAGAGCCGGCAAAGCAGCAGACGUUUUCUACUGCCUCAAGCUCCUGGAGGCAACGGGGAUUUCCACUGUUCCGGGAUCUGGUUUUGGGCAGAAGGAAGGGGUGUUCCACCUUCGGACAACUAUCCUUCCAGCCGAGGAAGACUUCCCUACCAUCAUGUCGAGCUUCAAGAAGUUCAACGACUCAUUCAUGGAGCAAUACGAGGGCUACUCCAGGAUGUGAUGUCAACAUGAAAAGAAGCGACCGCGCCACCAUUUUGCUUCUACUGCCCAUACUAGUAGAACAGUGAUCGGUGCACUAUGUGAUAUUUUGCUGCUGCAACUGCGGCCUUAGUCUGCUAUGUAUGUGUUGCCUGUUCUG